AUGGAAAAGAAACAAAGCGAUGAGCAUGAUCACUUCAUGAAUGUUAUCAGAAGAAAAAGGCAAUUUGAUGCUAGACAUCAUAGAAAGCGUGUUCUUGGAGCUAAGAGAGCCAAGCGAUUGGCGUCAAUGAACAAAGAAAAUGCAUGUCAAACUCAACCCCCUGCUGAUACUAUAUCUUCGCAUUUCAGAUUACCACUAUCUUCUAUUUCUCCAAAUAUUCCAAGUUCCACCAUAACUGAUCGAAAUACACAGCAGAAAACUCACAGUAUAUCAACAUUGAAUACAUUGGCAAGUUCAUUAGCAAAAAAACGCCCAAGAGUUGUUUCUGUAAAGAACAUUAACAAUUUAGGAGUUAACCUCAGAAGGAGAUUUGAUAACGAGUUUAUGAGCGGUGCGACAACAUCUUCAAGCCAUACACCAAAUCCAGAUUCCAGCACCAACGAACUUUUCCAAGAUGACAGUGAAGGGGAUGAAGGUUCCGGUAAUUCUUCAGAUGCCUGCAGUUCAGUUUCUAACUAUUCAAUGGACGAGCAUGACGUAGGUUUUGACACUGACAUUGAAGAAAUAGAUGUUCAAAGAUCAGGAGAAUACUACGAUUUAGGUGACCCAUCAUGUGAGUGUCAACAAUGUGGUGCAAAUAUGUGGUAUAUGGAGAGGAAAAACAAGUCUCGACAUUCUGCUAAUCCUAAGUUCUCAAUGUGUUGUGGAGAAGGAAAGGUUCAAAUACCUUUGUUGAGACAACCUCCACCCGUAUUGCAGAGCCUGUUGUUUGAACAAAACGAAAGUGAAUCAAAAAUAUUCCAACAACAAAUUCGUCUUUACAAUAUGAUGUUCGCAUUUACUUCUCCGGGUGCUAAAAUGGACAACAGAUUUAAUAAUGGUAGAGGUCCCCCUAACUAUCGUAUUCAAGGUCAAACAUGUCAUCGUAUAGGCAGCAUGUUACCUUUGCCAGGUGAAAAGGCCCGUUUUGCCCAACUAUAUAUAUUCGAUACUGAACAUGAAGUUCAGAAUAGAUUUGAUAUUUUCAGAAAAAGGGACGGAGUUGAUAUUAAUAUAGUUGAAAAGUUGUCUUCAAUGUUAUAUGAACAUAAUGUUCAUGCUCAGUCAUUUAAGAUGGCAAGGGAUAGACUUUCUGAAGGAAAUGUUGCAGAUCUAAAACUCCGUCUCAUUUCUGAUCGUCAAAAUGAUGGAAGAAUAUAUAAUCAACCAACAGUUUCAGAAGUUGCUGCUCUCAUUGUUGGUGAUGUUGAUACUGCAGAAAAAAGGGAUAUUAUAAUGCAAAAACAAUGUGGCCAACUUCAGAGAAUAGAUGAAUAUCACACUUCUUAUUUGGGUUUUCAAUAUCCUUUACUUUUCCCUUACGGCGAAGAUGGUUACAGACCAAACAUACGGCAUCACAAUAAAGGAUCUACAACGGUUCGUAAUGCAGAAACAACGACCACGGUAUCGGAAAUUGACGAUGUUCCAUGGGAGGAUGCAACCAAAAGAAACAGACUUACAAUCAGAGAGUGGUUCGCCUUUAGGAUUCAGUCAAGAAAAGACGAGGCACAGACAAUUCUCAGGUCAAGGAGGUUAUUUCAGCAGUUUUUGGUAGAUGGUUUUACAAUGAUGGAAUCUGAGAGACUACGAUGGUUAAGAAAGAAUCAGUCAAAACUACGAGUAGGGAAGUAUGAUCAUCUUGCAGAUGCUAGGACAAAUGGACAUACACGUGGUGCAGCUACAGGGAAAAGAGUUGUCAUACCUUCGUCGUAUGUUGGAAGCCGUAGAUUUAUGGAUCAGUUAUACUUCGAUGGCAUGGCAAUUUGUAGUUAUGUUGGAUUUCCUGAUUUGUUUAUUACAUUCACAUGUAAUCCCAAUUGGCCAGAAAUACAGCGCGUAUUAAGUUCUGCAAAUAUGAAAGCGUCUGAUCGUCCGGAUCUCAUAACAAGAAUCUUCAAAUUGAAAUUUGAUUCGUUACUGUCUGAUUUGACUAAAAAGAGUAUCAUGGGAAAGGUUCUUGCGUAUAUGUACACAAUUGAGUUCCAAAAAAGAGGGUUGCCCCAUGCGCACAUAUUAAUUUUCCUUCAUCCGUCGAGCAAGUAUCCAACACCCGCUGACAUUGAUCGUAUCAUAUCAGCAGAAAUACCAAACAAAGACACUGACGAAAAGUUAUAUAACUUGGUCAAAUCUCACAUGAUACACGGACCUUGCGGAAAUGCUUUUCGUAAUUCUACGUGUAUGAAGGAAGGAAAAUGUUCUAAAUACUUCCCUAAAGAAUUCAGGCGUGAUACGAUCGUUGAUCAAGAUGGAUAUCCUGUUUAUAGACGAAGGGACAACGGACACACAGUUUCUAAGAAUGGAAUUGAGAUUGAUAACAGAUUUGUUGUUCCUUACAAUUCAAAGUUAUUGUUGAAGUACAGAGCUCAUAUUAAUAUGGAAUGGUGCAAUCAAAGCACAUCCGUCAAAUAUUUGUUUAAAUACAUCAACAAAGGAUACGACAGAAUAACUGCUGCAAUUGUCAUGAAUGAAGAUGGAUCUGUUUCGCAACACGAAGCCGUCGAUGAAAUAAAGCAGUAUAUUGACUGUAGGUACGUUUCUCCAAGUGAAGCUGCUUGGAGAAUUUAUGGUUUUUCCAUUCAUGGAAGAAAACCAGCUGUAGAAAGACUUCACUUUCAUGGGGAGGGACAAAAUUCUGUUUUUUAUACUGAUGUCAGUCCCAUUACCAAAGUCCUUGAUAAACCGAGCGUUACUGAGUCGAUGUUUACUUCUUGGUUUGAAGCAAACAAGAAAUACGACGAAGCGCGCCAACUAACGUAUAGCAAUUUUGUUUCAAAGUUUGUAUACGUUAAGAAAAAGAGAGAGUGGAAACCCAGACAAAAGGGAUACACAAUUGGAAGACUAAUUUGGGUUCCUCCAACUACUGGGGAGUUGUACUAUCUAAGGAUGAUGCUAACACAUGUCAAAGGACCGAAAAGCUACGAUGAAAUAAAGACAGUAAACAAUGUUAGGUACGAUACUUUCCGUGAUGCAUGUUUUGCUAUGGGAUUUAUUGGGGAUGAUCGAGAAUUCAUAGCUGCAAUAACAGAAGCAUUUCAUUGGGGUUCUGGACAUUAUUUGAGAUUACUUUUUGUUCACAUGUUAUUGUCAAGUAGCAUUAAUAGGCCUAAGCAUGUAUGGAGUAAAACUCAACAUCUGUUAUCUGAUGGAAUUCUGUAUUCUCAGCAAAGGAUUGCAAACAACAGAGGUCUGCGACUAACAAAUGAAGAAAUUCUCAAUCUGACGUUGAUUGAAAUUGAAAAACUUCUUCAACGCAGUAGAAAGAGUUUAAGUGAUUUUCCUGGAAUGCCAAAACCACAUGGUUACAUAAUUGAGGAGCUUGGAAAUAAUUUAAUUUACGAAGAGAGAAACUACGAUCCUGCUGGACAACUUCAACAGUUUAAUACGCUGUAUAAUAACCUCACAGAUGAACAAAGAGAUGUAUUCAAACAAAUCUUGACGGCUGUUGAUACCCAGAACGGAGGGGUAUUCUUUUUGUAUGGAUACGGCGGUACAGGGAAAACAUACAUGUGGAGAACAUUAGCUUCCUACAUAAGAUCAAGAAGACAAAUAUGCUUGACAGUUGCCUCUUCAGGAAUUGCAUCCCUUUUGCUCCCCGGUGGUCGAACGACACAUUCUAAAUUUAAAAUUCCGAUCCCCACACUUGAAUCUUCGACAUGCGACAUUAACAAGGGUAGUGACAGGGGUGACAUGCUAAAACUAUCAAAAUUGAUAAUUUGGGAUGAAGCUCCCAUGUGUCACAAAUUUUGUUUUGAAGCUUUGGAUAAAACACUCAGAGAUAUCAUGGGUGGAACCAGGUCAUCUGAUAAAAUAUUUGGUGGGAAGGUAAUUGUGUUUGGUGGGGAUUUCAGACAGAUUCUACCGGUUAUUCCAAGAGGCAGCCGUUCAGAUAUAAUUCAUGCAACUAUCAAUUCAUCAUACAUUUGGGAUCAUUGUAAGGUUUUGAAACUUACAAAAAACAUGAGGCUUCAGCAAUCUGGGACGACCAUAUCGGCAUCCGAGUUAGAACGGUUUUCAAAUUGGAUAUUAAAAGUUGGAGAUGGAAAACUAGCAGAACCUAACGAUGGCUAUGCUGAUAUUGAUAUCCCAGCAGAUAUUUUGAUAUCUAAUUUUGAUGAUCCCCUUCGAGCCAUAUUCGAAAACACUUAUCCAAAUUUUGAAGCUAAAUUCAAUAAUGUAGCUUUUCUGCAGUCAAGGGCAAUAUUGGCUGGAACAAUUGAGACAGUAGAUGAAAUAAAUCACUAUGUAUUAGACAAUCUUCCAGGGGAUGAAAAAGAAUACCUAAGCUCUGAUUCAGUUGACACGCAUGAUGGUGAUGGCAAUGAAUGUUUUGAUGUUUUAACUCCUGAGUUUCUGAAUGGAUUGAGAACGUCGGGACUUCCUAAUCAUAGGAUCAGAUUGAAAGUAAAUACUCCAAUCAUGCUGCUCAGGAAUAUUGAUCAAGCAGAAGGCUUAUGCAAUGGAACACGUCUAAUCGUUACAAGAUUGGCUGAUCAUGUUAUCGAAGCUAAAAUCAUUUCAGGCAAGAACAUCGGCGGUAUCAUUUAUAUUGCCCGAAUGGACAUUACUCCAACGCAGACGCCAUGGCCAUUCAGGAUGACACGAAGACAGUUUCCUAUAACAGUCUGUUAUGCUAUGACUAUUAAUAAAUCUCAAGGUCAGUCUUUGGAUCAUGUUGGCAUAUAUUUGCCGAGGAGCGUAUUCAGCCAUGGUCAGUUAUAUGUUGCAGUUUCAAGAGUAAAGAGCAGAAAAGGCCUUAAAAUCUUGAUCCAUGAUAAGGAGAAACUUCCAUUGACCACCACAACAAAUGUUGUCUUCAAAGAAGUGUUUGAAAAUGUGUAG